AUGGCGGAGGAGGUCAGUGCCGGUAGCGGCGGAGGAUCAUCGUCGGAGAGAGGAGGAGAGAUCAACGGCGUAGGAUUAGCUUCGAUGGACUCGUUAGAAUCUCGUUGGGUGUUCCAAGACGAAGACGACUCCGAGAUCGAUGACGAGGAAGAUGACGACGACGACGACCCGCCGCAUCGAGCUGGAGUAGACUCCGAAGACGAGGAUACUCCCGAGCAGCGCUUGAUUCGCACCGGGCCACGGAUCGAUUCCUUCGACGUCGAAGCUCUCGAAGUCCCUGGCACACACAGAAGUGAAUACGAGGACUUUGGUAUAGGAAGGAAAAUAAUACUUGCCUUUCAGACACUCGGAGUUGUGUUUGGUGAUGUUGGAACAAGUCCGUUAUAUGCCUUCAGUGUGAUGUUCAGCAAAGCACCUAUCAAUGGAGAUGAAGAUGUUAUUGGAGCAUUAUCACUUGUUCUAUACACCUUAAUCUUGAUCCCCCUAAUCAAGUAUGUCCUUGUUGUUCUUUGGGCAAAUGAUGAUGGUGAAGGUGGUACUUUUGCAUUAUACUCAUUGAUCUGCCGACACGCUAAGGUCAGUCUUCUCCCAAAUCAGCUACCAUCAGAUACCCGCAUAUCAAGCUUCAGGCUAAAGGUGCCAUCUGCUGAACUCGAGAGAUCGCUCAAAAUAAAGGAGAGACUAGAGACUUCAUUGACUCUGAAGAAACUUCUUCUGAUGUUAGUGCUUGCUGGCACUUCUAUGGUGAUAGCUGAUGGGGUUGUUACACCGGCAAUGUCAGUAAUGUCAGCUGUUGGUGGCCUGAAGGUUGGAGUUGCUGCAAUUGAACAAGAUCAAGUGGUGAUGAUAUCAGUUGCCUUUCUUGUAAUUUUGUUCAGUGUACAGAAGUUUGGAACAAGUAAAGUGGGACUUGCUGUAGGCCCUGCUUUGUUCAUAUGGUUUUGUUCUCUAGCAGGCAUUGGAAUUUAUAAUCUUCUCAAGUAUGAUGCCAGUGUCUGGAGGGCAUUUAAUCCUGUUCACAUCUAUUUAUACUUCAAGAGGAACUCAGUUAAGGCUUGGUAUGCCCUUGGAGGUUGUCUUUUAAGCGCAACAGGAUCUGAGGCAAUGUUUGCAGAUCUUUGCUACUUUUCUGUGCGAUCAGUUCAGCUUACAUUUGUGUUUCUCGUUUUGCCUUGCCUGUUAUUGGGUUAUCUGGGUCAAGCAGCAUACCUUAUUGGAAAUCCUAAUGAUGCCGAGCAGGCUUUCUUUUCCUCAAUUCCAAGUGGUGCAUUUUGGCCAAUCUUCCUCAUAGCUAACAUUGCUGCCUUGAUUGCCAGCCGAGCAAUGACAACAGCCACAUUUUCAUGCAUAAAGCAAUCAACUGCUCUUGGUUGUUUCCCGCGUCUUAAAAUCAUUCAUACAUCUAGAAAGUUCAUGGGUCAGAUCUAUAUCCCUGUUAUAAACUGGUUUCUGCUGGUAGUUUGCCUGAUCUUUGUGUGCUCUAUCUCAAGCAUUAACGAGAUUGGAAAUGCAUAUGGUAUUGCUGAGCUGGGUGUGAUGAUGAUGACCACAAUUUUAGUCACCAUUGUCAUGCUUCUCAUAUGGCAGAUAAACAUCAUAAUUGUGCUGAGUUUUGUGAUCUUUUUCCUGGGUUUGGAAUUGACUUUUUUCUCCUCAGUUUUAUGGAGUGUGACAGAUGGAAGUUGGAUAGUUUUGGUUUUUGCUGUGAUAAUGUUUUUAAUUAUGUACAUCUGGAAUUAUGGGAGCAAGCUUAAGUAUGAAACUGAAGUGAAGCAAAAGCUGUCAAUGGAUUUGAUGCGAGAAUUAGGCGGCAACCUUGGGACAAUCAGAGCUCCUGGCAUAGGUUUGCUUUAUAAUGAGCUGGUGAAAGGAGUACCAGCCAUAUUUGGCCAUUUUCUAACCACACUCCCUGCUAUCCACUCCAUGAUAAUCUUUGUCUGUAUAAAGUACGUUCCUGUUCCUGUGGUGCCUCAGAGUGAAAGAUUUCUUUUCAGGCGAGUCUGUCCAAAAGGUUACCAUAUGUUUCGGUGUAUUGCCCGGUAUGGUUACAAGGAUGUCCGAAAGGAAAAUCACCAGACAUUUGAGCAGCUACUGAUUGAGAGCCUCGAGAAGUUCAUUCGUCGGGAAGCGCAGGAACGGCAAUUGGAAAGUGAUGGAGAUGAAGAUACAGAUUCCGAGGAGGAUAACUCUUUCUCAAGAGUUCUCAUAGCUCCUAAUGGAAGUGUUUACUCACUUGGUGUUCCUCUGUUGGCUGACUUCAGGGGCACUAGUAAUCCCAUUUCAGAAGCAAGCACCUCAGAGGAGGUGAAGGCAGGUUCCCCUGCAGAUCAAUCAAUGUCUGAUGCUGAGCAUAGCCUAGAGAGGGAGUUGUCUUUUAUACGCAAGGCCAAGGAAUCUGGAGUUGUUUAUCUUCUCGGUCAUGGAGAUAUUAGGGCAAGAAAGGAUUCUUGGUUUAUCAAGAAACUAGUUAUAAAUUACUUCUAUGCUUUCCUGAGAAAGAAUUGCAGGAGGGGUAUUGCAAAUUUGAGCGUGCCCCAUUCACAUCUGAUGCAGGUGGGCAUGACUUACAUGGUAUGAUGGUCAAUUUUUGACAACCAAAAUAAGGGAUGAAAAGGGCGGUUAGACAAGAAGGCGGACGAUAUAGUGGUAAUGCUCUGAUCAAGUUGCAUCUAGGAACUCAAACCUUGCUUUCACAACUCUCUUCUGCAAAUAUAAGGUGGAAUCAUUUCACUAGGAAGCUUUGAAAUGCUUCUCCCUGUUGUGUUUUCCUGUAUUGUGUUUUUCACUGUUACAAACAGGUGCAUGUCAAAUCAAGCUUCUUUGUAAUUAUAAUGUUGAAGGGAUGGUGUAUGUGAUUUUUUCACACCUUCACACAGCAAUUCCACUGGAAAAUCUUUGUUCCCAA